CUCUGCACCCCGUCCCCGCCCCCGGCCCGCGGCCCGGCCGCGCGCCCCGCCCGCCGGCCCGCGGGGCCACCCCCAAGUCCCGCCGUCUGUCAGGUGCGAGGGGAACGGGGCGGAGGUGUCUGACACUGUCCGCCCACUGCCGCUGUCCAAAAUGGCGAACUUCACCCCGAUCAACGGCAGCUCGGGCAACCAGUCUGUGCGCCUGGUCACGUCAACCCAUAACCGCUAUGAGACGGUGGAAAUGGUGUUCAUCGCCACGGUGACAGGCUCCCUGAGCCUGGUGACGGUCGUGGGCAACAUCCUGGUGAUGCUGUCCAUCAAGGUCAACAGGCAGCUGCAGACGGUCAACAACUACUUCCUCUUCAGCCUGGCCUGUGCUGACCUCAUCAUAGGCGCUUUCUCCAUGAACCUCUACACCGUAUACAUCAUCAAGGGCUACUGGCCUCUGGGCGCCGUGGUCUGUGACCUGUGGCUGGCCCUGGAUUACGUGGUGAGCAACGCCUCUGUCAUGAACCUGCUCAUCAUCAGCUUUGACCGGUACUUCUGCGUCACCAAGCCCCUCACCUACCCCGCCCGGCGCACCACCAAGAUGGCGGGGCUGAUGAUCGCCGCUGCCUGGGUCCUGUCCUUCGUGCUCUGGGCGCCUGCCAUCUUGUUCUGGCAGUUCGUGGUGGGCAAGCGGACGGUGCCUGACAACCAGUGCUUCAUCCAGUUCCUGUCCAACCCCGCGGUGACCUUCGGCACAGCCAUUGCCGCCUUCUACCUGCCCGUGGUCAUCAUGACGGUGCUCUACGUCCACAUCUCCCUGGCCAGUCGCAGCCGAGUUCACAAGCACCGGCCCGAAGGCCCGAAGGAGAAGAAGGCCAAGACCCUGGCCUUCCUCAAGAGCCCCCUGAUGAAGCAGAGUGUCAAGAAACCUCCGCCCCCAGGAGACACCGCGGCUAGGGGCGAGCUGCGCAACGGGAAGCUGGAGGAGGCUCCUCCGCCCGUGCUGCCACCCCCGCCACGCCCCGUGGCUGACAAGGACACCUCCAAUGAGUCCAGCUCGGGUAGCGCCACCCAAAACACCAAGGAACGCCCGCCCACAGAGCUGUCAACCACAGAGGCCACCACGCCGGCCACACCCGCACCCCCCCUCCAGCCACGGACCCUCAACCCGGCCUCCAAAUGGUCCAAGAUCCAGAUUGUAACGAAGCAGACAGGCAACGAGUGUGUGACGGCCAUCGAGAUUGUGCCUGCCACGCCGGCUGGCAUGCGCCCGGCAGCCAACGUGGCCCGGAAGUUUGCCAGCAUUGCCCGCAGCCAGGUGCGGAAGAAGCGGCAGAUGGCGGCCCGGGAGCGCAAGGUGACUCGGACCAUCUUUGCCAUCCUGCUGGCCUUCAUCCUCACCUGGACGCCCUACAACGUCAUGGUCCUGGUGAACACCUUCUGCCAGAGCUGCAUCCCCGAGACUGUGUGGUCCAUCGGCUACUGGCUCUGCUACGUCAACAGCACCAUCAACCCGGCCUGCUAUGCCCUCUGCAAUGCCACCUUUAAAAAGACCUUCCGGCACCUGCUGCUCUGCCAGUAUCGGAACAUCGGCACUGCCAGGUAGGCAGGCAGGGGUGCCACUGGAGGUGCUGGUGCGUGUGCGGGUAGCCACGUGGCUCAGCUGAUGUCCCAGAGAGAUUUGGAGGCACUUCUCAGUGUUCAGGUUCUCCGAAGAGAACUGAGGUCCCCAAGACCCCGCGAGGCUCAGAAGAAGCUCUGGCUGGAUUCCGAGACCAGGUCUCUGCUCAGGCCGAGGAGGAUCAGCCCCAGAAGGUGACUGAGCCGGACGGUCUGACCCAUCUCUGUUGUCCUGCCUCAGGGAGCUGGGGGGCACUGGUCUACCUGGGCACCUUGCCCCACUGUGACUGGCCAGCAUGGCUGAAAGAAGGGACAUCUGGAGGGGAGCAGAGCCUUCUUUGGGAGGAGCAAGAGGGCCAGUGGUUGGGAAAGGAGGCUCAGGAAGGGAAUGGAAGGGGAGGGACCCCUAUUCUGCUGUAACCGGUGCUUUCUGCCCCCGACACCCCCGCAUGUAGGCUCGGCCCCUCCUCCUAAAUGCCACUCCAGGGGCAGAGACUCCCCUUGCUGCAGCUACUCAGCCAGGCUCUGGUUGGGUGGGUGUGGGGGGUGGGCUGGCUGGAAGCCAGGUAGAGUGGGCCCUGAACAUACCCCUUAUAGCACGCCUGGGUCACAUUCGGGAUGGGCCAGUGGGGAGAUCAGGGGUUCACUCAGGAACUGGGGUCUGCCACCUCCCACCCUAGGCUGAGCUGAGCGGUUCCAUCCUUCUGUGGAGUUGUCCCCCUCCCCAAAGAGGGGGCUUGUCCCAGGUCACGUGUAGCGAAGGUGGGACUGCGAGGGGUAUUCGCACUGGCCUCUGCGGAGUAUGAGGGACGCUCCGGUGGGUCACCAGGGAGAAACCCCCAGGUGGGGUGGAUUUGACCCCAACAGUCUUCCUUGAUGGGGGCGGGUGGGGGGGGGAUGGGCAGGGCUGGACCCAAAGAUCCUGACCUGGGGGAAACUGAGAUGGGGGAGUCAGUCCUAUCGCCCCCGGGUUCCCUCCCCACCCCUGGCCUGGCACUGGAGAAACAGGACUGAAGGGCUCGGGGGACUUGACCGGGGGCACCCUUCCAGGGGUCUAUAAUAGGGGCCCCUGGAAGAAAUGU